AAAAAUGAAUAUCUUGGAAUUAUCAAAAUUGAAUUCUGGGAAUGAGCAGUUUUUAACUAAGAAAACAACAAUAAUAAUAAUAAUAAUAAUAAUAUUUUUGAGAAUCUAACAUAAUGUUUAUCUGAAUGUGUUCAAUGAUGAUCUGCUCUUGUUGUUUUUCUUCCUGUCCAAUGUAUGUUGUUGAAAGAAAGAAUAUGGUCACCAUUCUCCAUUUCAACGAUGUUUACAAUGUAGAACCUCGUGAUAUAGAGCCUGUGGGUGGAGCAGCCCGAUUCUCUACUGCAAUGAAGUCUUUCAGUCAUUUGGAUCCAUUGAUAAUCUUUAGUGGUGAUGUACUGUCACCAUCUGUUUUAAGUACUUUCACUCAUGGAGAGCAUAUGAUAGAUGUACUUAAUAUUCUAGGAGUACAUUGUUCUGUCUAUGGAAAUCAUGAAUUUGACUUUGGUGUGGAUCGUUUAUUAGAAUUUGCAGAGAGAACAAAAUUUCCGUGGUUAAUGAGCAAUGUUAUAGAUAAAGAAACUAAUGAACCGUUAGGCAGUGGCAAUAUUACAUAUGUUUUAGAACAUCAUGGGAAAAAAGUAUGCUAUUGGUUUAAACUUAAUACAGUGGUAUCUCAGGAUAUGAACGCCCCAGCAUAUGAAAUUAGUAUUAGUUUGUGUGUUUAUUAUGAUAAGCUAAUUUUUUUAAUUAAGGAUCAAGUAGAUUUUGUAAUAGCCAUAACACAUAUGAGAUUUCCUAAUGACUGUCAUCUAGCAGAGAAAGUUGAAGAAAUUGAUUUGAUUCUGGGAGGUCACGAUCAUGUAUAUGAUAUAAAAGUGGUAAAUGGAAAAUACAUUAUAAAAAGCGGUUCAGAUUUUCAAAAAUUUUCAAAAAUAACAUUGACAUUUGGUAAUCCUGUUACAUCCAUAUCAAUUGAUGAAAUUACAGUUACUUCAAAAUAUGAAGAAGAUCCUGAAUUAAAAGAAAUUCUCAAAAAUUAUGAGGGUUAGUUAAAAUAUUUAUUUUAAUGUAUUCAUAGUAUUGUGUUUUGUAUGUAUAUUAUUCAUCUUUGUUUAUUUAGUAAAUAAUGUAAAUAUUCUGUUAAAGCUGAUGAGAGAUUUCUGCAUGAGAUUUAUUA